AUGGGGAGUCUUAAAUUGAAGAUAAACGAGAACGAUGUACCGAGCAGCAAAGUUUCUGAAGAUUUGCUGAACACGAAGAACCAGCAAGAGACCGCAUUAAUAAUUGGAAAUGAAUUGCUGUACACAAGAUUAUCGGCCAUUGCCCCCGUUACAAACAUUCACCAGCGCCAAUUUCAGUUCAGUGCAGCCCUUUGCAAGCGACGAAAAACGGCCGAAGAGAAGCACGCAAUCGAAUACACUCCGAAGAAAAAGAACAAACCACAAAUGUCCGGUGUGGUGGACAUCUGGCGAAACAUGACCGUAGCGGACCUUGCCCAAUCGUGCCAGCUAGAGCUGGAACACAUCCAAGAGGUGAUGCUGUAUGUGAAAGGUGCCGGCAAUAUCGAUGCUAACGCCCGCCUUGAAGACCCAAAGAUAAUUAAGGAUAUUGCUGCCAAGUGUGGCCUGAAGACAAAGAUUGUAGCGGCACCGGUGAUGGAGGAGGAAGUGUUAAAGGAUCGUGACGUGGUACCGAGACCACCGCCAGCACCGGAAAAUUUAAAGGAACGACCACCGGUCGUGACGGUGAUGGGUCACGUGGAUCACGGCAAAACGACACUGCUCGAUUCGUUGCGUGGUGCGUCGGUAGCGGCUGGGGAGGCGGGUGGUAUAACGCAACACAUCGGAGCCUUCACGGUGGAGCUGGACAAUGGCGAGAAGGUUACCUUUCUCGAUACGCCCGGGCAUGCGGCUUUUAGUGCGAUGCGAGCGCGUGGCGCAAAUCUGACGGACAUAAUCGUGCUGGUCGUAGCGGCCGAAGAUGGCGUUAUGCAGCAAACGAAGGAAGUGCUAGGAUUGGCCAAAGAACUGUCCGUGCCGAUCAUUGUGGCAAUAAAUAAGAUCGAUAAACCGGGAGUGGAUAUUGAUCGGGUGAAGAAGGAACUGUCGCAGCAUGGACUCGCGCUGGAAGGAUACGGAGGUGAUACGAUUGCUGUGGGAAUUUCGGCCCUACAUGGUACAAAUCUGGACGAGCUGACAGAGGCUGUGAGUACGCAGGCGACACUUAUGGGGUUGAAGGGAGAGUACACCGGUCCAGUAGAGGGUGUUGUGGUGGAAUCGAAGGUUGAUUCACACCGUGGCAAACUAUCCACAGCCAUCGUUUCGCGUGGAACAUUGCGUAAAGGUGCGAUACUGGUCAGUGGACAGGCGUGGGCGAAGGUGCGCGGUCUGUUCGAUCACGCAGGACAACCCAUUUCCGUGGUCACACCGGGCAUGCCAGUAGAAAUCCUAGGAUGGCGUGAGCUACCCCUAGCUGGUGAUAUGAUUCUGGAGGUGGAAUCGGAAAAGAUGGCAAACUCCGUGCUUCGGUGGCGUGCAAACCAAGCCAUGAAGGAAAAAGCAUUAAGCGAUGCGGAAGCAAUCAACCUAAAGCGCAAAGAGCAUGACGAGCAGUAUCAGGCCGAACGGGAAAAGGCACGUCUGUCUGGAUUUUACCGCAGAAAACAACAAGGUCCACGGCAAAAGGAAGCAACCCCGGAUGAUGGCAAGCCACGAAUUAACGUCAUCGUGAAGGGUGAUGUGCACGGCUCGGUGGAAGCCAUUCUGGAUGUGCUGGAAACGUACGACGAUAAUGAACGGUGUCGUUUGGACGUGAUACACUACGCCGUGGGUGAUGUGAAUGAGAGCGAUCUUGAGCUAGCACGAAUGUUUGACGCGAUCGUGUAUGCAUUUUCCGUCAACGUGCCCAACAAACCCACAAAAGACGUUAAUAUCCGAUCGGUAAACAUAAUCUACCGGUUGGUGGAUGAUCUGAAGAAAGAGAUCAACGCUAAACUGCCCUUGGUGGACGUUGCAGAGGAAGUCGGCGAAGCGAACGUGCUACAGCUGUUCGACAUUAACGAAGGCCGGCGGAAAGUGACCGUGGUGGGUUGUCGAUGUACGAAGGGUUUGCUGAAGAAGUCACUCAAGUACAAAGUGAAACGCAACGGAGAACUGCUGGUGGACGAGCUGAGCCUGGAAUCGAUGCGACAUCUUAAGAACGAGGUGGACAGCAUAAAGAAGGAUGUCGAAUGUGGGCUACGGUUAGACGAUCAAACGAUCGAGCUGAAAGUGGGCGACACGAUCGUUUGUUACCAGAUCAAUCGGGUACCGCAGCAGACCGAAUGGGAUCCAGGAUUCUAGCGAAGAUUGAAUCUGAAUGUUGGCUAGAGAAUGAAUCGAAGCGUAA